AUGCCUUCGAAGCAUCUAACUGAAAAAUCUAAGGUAUUUCAAGAUCCGGUCCAUGGUCUUAUCGAGGUGGAUCAGAUUCUUCUGCGAUUCAUUGAUACUCCUGAGUUCCAGAGAUUACGGCGAUUACAUCAACUUGGGCUAGCUAAUCAUGUUUACCCUGCCUGUACGCACACUAGAUUUGAACAUUGCCUUGGAACAUAUUAUCUUUCUAAGCGAUUGACUGACGCCAUCAAUGCUGAUGACAAUUGUGAAAAACUAAGUGCCAGCGAGAGUCUCAGUAUUAGAAUUGCCGCUUUAUGUCAUGAUCUUGGUCACGGCCCUUACUCUCAUACCUGGGAAAAAUUCCUUAGACAGGGUGGGACACAAUACCAAAUUUUUGAGCAUGAAGAAAUGAGUUGUCUGAUACUACGAAGUAUAGUGGCCAAAGAUGAAAUUCUGCAAGCGUUGCUGAAAGAAAAAGGGGUCGAUUUGAAUCUCGUAUGUGACCUCAUACGCGGUCAUCCCUCUUCUGAAGUUGCUGAACAAAUCGGUAAUCGAAAGUUCAUCUUUGAGAUUGUUUCGAAUGCCCAGAAUGGAAAUGAUGUUGACAAAUGGGAUUACAUAAUGCGAGACUCGUUGCACGCUGGUUUUGGCCAGGGUUCAAGUGUUAUUGAACUUGAGCGGUUGCUCCGUUUUUAUCGUCCGGCUUUAGACCCUGCCGACGGUGCUUGGCAUAUGGCUUUCCGUACCUCGGAGCGAGAAAAUGUUUUACGAAUUUUUUCUCAACGUCUGAGUCUCCAUCGUAAAUUGUACUCGCACAAAACGACUCGUGUACUUGAGGCUAUGUACUUGGACAUUCUUAAUGCACUUGACCCCAUCUUACACCUGCGUGACCUAUCUCUUCGUGCAGCUAAUGGUGAUAAGAAAGGUCUUAGUGAAUUCCUGCUUCUUGAUGAAUACUCCUUGUGGGCUAUGUCUACUUUUCAGUCACUCUUGUUGGUCACCUCAAUCUCUCCCGAGAUCGAGGAAAAUUUAAACAGAUGUAGCAUCCUUCGUCAGCGAAUUCAAUUUCGUCAAUUCUACUCCUUUGUUGGGGGUUUCGUAAUGCAUAAGUGGAAAACUCUGCUAAAAUUGCAACCUUGUAGUAGGAGUCAACAAGAUUUCACACGUGGCGAUCGUCUUUUCCUCGAUUCAACUUUUGCUGAAGCUGAGAGUAGGCUUUUAGGUGCUUUGGACGCUGAGGCUUUAGGUGACGAGAACAAGAUCCUAGGAGAGAUAUUCGCCAAACUCCCAUUCACUUCCCCUGUUAAGAGCAUUAACGAACUCCGUCUAAUCGUCAUUCGUCAGUCCACCAAUUCGACUGUUGGUCCACCGAUAUUCUAUGCUUACGAUUCACUGCCCCAUGCUUAUUCAUUUUCAUACCCCGUAAGCUCAGACAAAAAGUAUGUUGAACUAUAUACCUGUUUGGUGCUUUGGACAGGACCCACGCAAACAGAUCUUACGGUGGAUUCAUUGUUUAGAGGACCUGCGAAGGUGCCGGAUUGCCUGACGAAGGCUUUCAAGGACUGGGUUAAAGAGAAAAGAGCUGCACCGUCGUGUCAGUAA